CUUGGGCAAUUGAAUUGUAUUUGUCUAGGUAUGGUUUGGGCAAGGACGCAGGGACAAGCCCUCUCUCUUAUAAAUGUAAAUAAUAUAUAUAUUUUAGAAUCUGUGCUUUUAGCGUGAAAAUUAGGUUAUAAAGUGAGAUUGAUUUCACAAUUAAUUUUGGAUUUGGAAGAGAAUUAGCCUCAACAAACCUCCCUUCGGAGGAGGCGUCGCCGGACCAACGAUUCCUCUCUCCGCCACCACGGUGCUCCAGGGAGUUUGAAUUUGAUGGAUUCCAGUAAUUGGAGAACUAAUCAAGGAACUAACCCCACUAUGGAUACAAGUGAUUGGAGAGCUCAAUUACCACCUGAAGCACGCCAAAGAAUUGUCAACAAAAUAAUGGACACAUUAAAAAAACAUCUUCCUGUUUCUGGUCCUGAUGGAUUGCAUGAACUUCGGAAGAUUGCUCAAAGGUUUGAAGACAAGAUUUUUACUGCUGCUAUAAGCCAGCCUGAUUAUCUUCGGAAAAUAUCUUUAAAGAUGCUUACAAUGGAAAAUAAAUCCCAAAAUACCUUGGGUAGCAAUAUGCCACCAAAUCAAGUUGGCCCUAGCAAUAAACCUCCUGAUCAAGGACUUGUUUUGCAGCCUCAAGUUCAAAAUCAUGGGCAACAACAUUCUAUUCCUUUGCCUAAUCAGCUCCAGCCACAUCAGCAGCUUCUAUCUCAAAACAUUCAAACUAAUGUUGCGUCUCAACCUAACCUUGCACCUGUAUCUAGUCUAUCCCUGACUCCCAGCCAAAAUAUUGUCCAGAAUUCCAACAUACAGAAUAUACCUGGGCCAAAUUCAGUUGGGAGCACUAUUAGCCAAAAUUCCAACUUACAGAAUAUGUUUGCUGGUUCUCAGAGACAAAUGCCAGGAAGGCAGCAGAUUGCUUCCCCACAACAACAGCUGCAAGCACAGAAUCAACAACAAUAUCUUUACAACCAGCAGCUUUUGAAGCAGAAGCUCCACUUGCAAUCUCAGAUGCAGCAGCAGCAGCAGCAACAACAAAACCUUCUGCAACCAAAUCAGUUGCAAUCUUCUCAGCAAUCUGUUAUGCAAACUUCAUCUGUUAUGCAGCCCUCCAUGAUGCAAACACCUUCUCUACCUAGCCUUCCACAGAAUCAGCAGUCUACUAAUGUUCAACAGUCAACGCAGUCCAUGCAGCAGCAACAUUCACAAGUUAUCAGGCAUCAACAACAAACACCGGUGACUCAACAGCAACAACAGCUUAUGGGGCCUCAGUCAAAUACGACAAACAUGCAACAUGCGCAGAUGCUUGGGCAACAGAACAAUGUUGGUGAUAUACAGCAAUCACAGAGGAUGCUUUCACAACAGAAUAAUCUUGCGAACAUGCAACAGCGACAGCAACAGUUAAUAAAUCAGCAAAACAAUCCAUCUAAUAUACAUCAACAAUUGGGAAACAAUGGCCCUGGGUUACAGCAGCAACAUUUGCUUGGACAUGAUUCUGGCAACACAGAGAUGCAAACAAGUCAUCACUCUGCACACAUGCUGCAACAAUCAAAGGUUCAAAUGCAGCAACAAUCACAACAAAAUACAUCAAAUUUGUUGCUACCUCAUGUACAGCAGUCACAGCCAUUGGGUUCACAACAACAAUUAAUGUCACAGAUUCACACUCAGCCAGCACAGUUGCAACAGCACUUGGGUUUGCAGCAGCAGCCAAAUCCCUCACAACGAGAUAUGCAGCAAAGAAUUCAAGCAUCAGGGUCCUUGCUUCAACAACAAAAUGUUCUUGAUCAACAAAAACAGUUAUAUCAAUCUCAAAGAACUCUUCCAGAAACGUCAGCAACUUCUCUGGAUUCUACAACACAGACUGCACAACCAAGUGGGGUAGAUUGGCAAGAAGAAGUGUACCAGAAGCUCCAAACCAUGAAAGAAAGUUACCUGCCAGAGAUGAAUGAAAUGUACCAAAAAAUUGCUAACAAACUGCAGAAGCACGAUUCUCUUCCCCAACAGCCGAAGUCAGAGCAGAUUGAAAAGCUGAGGGCAUAUAAAAUGAUGUUGGAGCGUAUGAUGGAAAUCCUACAGAUUCCCAAGAACAACAUUUUACCUAAUUUCAAGGAAAAACUGGGAUCAUAUGAGAAGCAGAUUAUAAAUCUCAUAAAUUCAAAUAGACCCAGGAAAGGCAUGUCUUCAGUGCAGCUAGGACAGCUUCCCCCAACUCAUAUGUCCUCCAUCCAACAGCCACAAUCUCAAGUUACUCAAGUACAGUCUCAUGAAAAUCAAAUGAACUCUCAGAUGCAGUCAACAAAUUUACAAGGUUCUGUACCAACCAUGCAACAGAAUAACAUUGCAAGCUUGCAGCACAAUUCUUUGUCUAGUGUAUCAACGGGACAACAGAAUAUGAUGAAUUCAAUGCAACCUGGAACUAAUUUAGAUUCUGGACAAGUAAAUUCUGUGAACUCCCUUCAACAGGUUCCAAUGAGCUCCCUCCAACAAAACCCUGCUACUACUGCUCAACAGACUAACAAUAAUUCCUUAUCAUCGCAAGGUGGGGCAAACGUGAUUCAACCAAAUGCCCUUCAGUCAGGUUCUAGUGCACUUCAACACCAACUGAAGCUUCAGCAGGAACAGCAGAUGCUGCAGAGUCAACAAUUUAAACAACAAUAUCAGCAGCGACAACAAUUGAUGCAGAGGCAGCUCCUGCAGCAGCAGCAGCAGCAACUACACCAUGCAGCAAAGCCACAGCUAUCUGGGCAAUUGCAGACACAUCAAAUGUCUCAGCUUCACCAAAUGAAUGAUAUAAAUGAUAUAAAAAUGCGACAAGGAAUGGUUGUUAAACCAGGAGUCUUUCAGCAACAUCUUGCGUCGGGUCAACACUCAACGUAUUCCCAUCAACAGCUGAAACAAGGGAGUGCAUUUCCUGUUUCAUCACCACAACUGCUUCAGGCUGCAUCUCCUCAGGUUCAGCAACACUCAUCUCCCCAGUUUGACCAGCAAAAUCAUCUCCCAUCUAAAACAAAAGUUGGAACUCCUCUGCAAUCUUCUAAUUCACCCUUUGUGGGACCUACCCCUUCACCUCCUUUGGCUCCAUUUCCUAUGCCAGGAGAAUCUGAGAAGUCCAUUCCUUGUGUUUCAUCAAUAUCAAAUGCUGCAAAUAUUGGACAUCAACAAACAGGGGGUGCAGUAGCACCAGGUCAAUCACUUGCCAUUGGGACUCCUGGGAUAUCAGCCUCUCCUUUAUUGGCAGAAUUCAGUGGUUCAGAUGGUGUGCAUGGUAAUACUUUAGCCACCACUUCUGGGAAGUCAACUGUUACAGUGCAGCCUGUUGAACACUUAAUUAAUGUGGUGAAAUCAAUUUCUUCUAAAACAUUAAGUGCUGCGGUCAGGGAUAUUGGUUCAGUUGUCGUCAUGAAUGAUAGAAUAGCAGGAUCAGCUCCAGGUAAUGGAUCCAGAGCAGCUGUUGGUGAAGACUUGGUUUCCAUGACUAAUUGUCGUCUUCAGGCUAGAAAUUUCAUUACUCAAGAUGGUUCCAAUGGAAUUAAGAGGAUGAAACGUUACAUCAGUGCUAUACCGUUGAAUGCUGUAUCAUCUGCUGGUAGCAUGCAUGAUAGUAUCAAGCACAUAACUGCUUCUGAGACUUCUGAUCUGGAGUCAACUGCAACAUCCAGUGUCAAGAAACCAAAGAUUGAGGUUAAUCAUGCCCUUUUGGAAGAAAUAAGGGAGAUCAAUCACCAACUUAUUGACACAGUAGUGGACAUAAGCGAUGAAGAUGUUUUUGAUCCAACAGCUGCUGUUGCUGCUGCUGAAGGUGCAGAAGGGAUCAUUGUCAAAUGCUCUUUCAUUGCUGUGGCUCUCAGCCCUAGCUUAAAAUCCCAAUAUGCUUCAGCCCAGAUGUCACCUAUUCAACCCCUGCGUUUGCUGGUUCCUGCAAAUUAUCCUAAUUGUUCUCCCAUACUCCUAGACAAAUUUCCAGUUGAAUCCAGUAAGGAGAGUGAAGAUCUUUCAGUGAAGGCAAAGUCAAGGUUUAGCUCAUCUUUACGCAGUUUAUCACAACCUAUGUCACUUGGGGAGAUAGCUAGGACUUGGGAUGUUUGUGCUCGCAAUGCUAUUUCUGAGCAUGCUCAAAAGAGUGGUGGAGGAAGCUUCAGCUCCAAGUAUGGAACUUGGGAGAAUUGCUUGACCUCCAAUUAAUGUUCCUUACAGUAACAUGCAGACCUUUUUGUUUCGGCCAGAAGUUGCCGCCAAACAUUCUGUUUCUAUUUAUAUGAGCAAUUAUUAGAUGUAGAUAAAAGCCUAGUUAUGAAGUACCAUACCAUGAACUCUGUCCAUUUGUAUAUACUCUUAGCAUUUGUCAAGGUAAUAAUCAUGAUUGGGCUGUAUUAGUGGAAAAUUGUUUCAAUUAUUGUUUACAUUAUUCUA